ACUGGUUAUGCUUGGGCUUUGGGUCUAGGUGCAUUGAUGUCUUCGCAAGACAUUUCACACUACGUUACUAUUAUUGAAGGCCUGCAUUUGGGGUCUGCGACAUUAGUUGCACUUAAGUUUGCCUUGGCCUUUCCAUUGGCAUUUCACUCUUGCUGCGGUGUUCGCCAUUUGCUAUGGGAUACCGGCCGUUUUCUAAAAAUUACUGAAGUUUAUUUGACUGGUUAUGUAACUCUUGGUAUUAGCCUCAUACUGUCGGCUAUUUUGGCUUGUUUGUAA